CUUUUUUUCUAACUUGACAGCAGAGUAGACAACUGUGCCGCAUAUACAUUUCACACACCGGAGUGACUGACACUGCUGUCGAGGCAGAUUUCGAACUAGGGAAAACCUCGAAAUCGUCUAACACAUAAAAACGCCUGUCCUGCAAAGUCACAGGUGGAUAGAAAAUCGGUCUGAGCCGGAAGAAACGCAAAUGAGGUAAGCGGGGGCGGUUUGGAUGUCUCUGGGUUUACUUUGGGGACAAGCAGCGGAGAGAACUACCCGCCAAGUGAACCCUCCUCCCCAGCGGCCCGGUUCCACAUCAGCUGGGGCAACCGGGAGGCAGCGUUUGGACCUUCCGUGGAAGACGUUCUUUGAGCAGGGAGGGUUGGUGUCUGGGUGCCGAGUCAUCCGGGGAGAGAACUCAUGAAUGGAAAGCGGAACUACAGGAGCCGCUAGCGCCCAAGCCCUUUUUUCAUUGCCACAGCGACCCGGCUAUGGCACCGUUGGGAAGCCCAUCAAGCUUCUCGCCAACUGUUUCCAGGUUGAUAUACCCAAGAUCGAUGUUUAUCUCUACGAGGUCGAUAUCAAACCUGACAAAUGUCCUCGCCGGGUCAACAGGGAGGUGGUGGACUCCAUGGUUAAGCAUUUCAAGGUGACCAUCUUUGGUGACCAUCUUCCAGUUUAUGAUGGGAAGAGAAGCCUCUACACAGCAAACCCACUUCCUGUUGCUGCCGGUGGGGUUGAUUUGGACGUCACCCUCCCGGGCGAAGGUGGCAAGGACCGCCCGUUUAAGGUCACCGUGAGGUUUGUGUCGUUGGUCAGCUGGCAUCUACUGCACGAGGUUCUCAUGGGACGCGGCGUCGCCGAGCCACUGGACCUCGAGAAACCCAUCAGCACCAAUCCAGUUCACGCCGUUGAUGUCGUUCUCCGUCACCUGCCUUCCAUGAAGUACACCCCAGUCGGACGAUCCUUUUUCUCCUCCCCAGAGGGUUACGACCACCCGCUUGGUGGAGGAAGAGAGGUUUGGUUCGGCUUCCAUCAGUCUGUACGGCCAGCGAUGUGGAAAAUGAUGCUCAAUAUUGAUGUGUCAGCCACAGCUUUUUAUAAAGCCCAGCCGGUCAUCCAGUUCAUGUGUGAGGUCCUGGACAUUCAUAACAUUGAUGAGCAGCCACGCCCACUCACCGAUUCCCACAGGGUCAAGUUCACCAAAGAAAUCAAAGGUCUGAAAGUAGAAGUAACGCACUGUGGAACUAUGCGUAGAAAGUAUCGAGUUUGCAAUGUAACACGGCGUCCUGCAAGCCUCCAAACUUUUCCUUUGCAACUGGAGAAUGGUCAGACAGUUGAACGCACAGUGGCACAAUACUUCAGAGAAAAAUACAGCCUGCAUCUCAAGUAUCCCCACCUGCCUUGUCUGCAAGUGGGCCAAGAACAGAAACACACCUACCUGCCCCUCGAGGUAUGCAAUGUUGUUGCCGGUCAGCGCUGCAUUAAAAAGCUGACAGACAACCAAACAUCGACCAUGAUAAAAGCAACUGCCCGUUCUGCCCCAGACAGACAGGAGGAGAUCAGCCGGCUGGUGCGCAGCGCGAAUUAUGAUGCUGACCCAUUUGUCCAAGAGUUCCAGUUCCACAUACGUGAUGAGAUGGCCCAGGUGACCGGCCGCGUCCUGCCGGCCCCCAUGCUGCAAUAUGGCGGCAGGGUGAGCUCCGAACCCUAUAUGAACCGCACAGUGGCCACACCCAGUCACGGGGUGUGGGACAUGAGGGGGAAGCAGUUCCACACCGGAGUGGAGAUCAAGAUAUGGGCCAUUGCCUGUUUUGCCACUCAGAGGCAAUGUCGUGAGGAGAUUCUAAAGAGCUUUACUGAUCAGCUGCGGAAAAUCUCGAAAGAUGCUGGCAUGCCAAUUCAAGGUCAGCCCUGUUUCUGUAAAUAUGCCCAAGGCGCUGACAGUGUGGAGCCCAUGUUUCGACACUUGAAGAACACAUAUCUGGGACUGCAGUUAAUCAUCGUAAUCCUCCCUGGGAAAACGCCCGUCUACGCUGAGGUGAAGCGGGUUGGAGACACCCUGCUUGGCAUGGCCACUCAGUGUGUCCAGGUCAAGAACGUAGUCAAGACCUCGCCACAGACACUGUCCAACCUCUGCCUCAAGAUCAACGUCAAACUCGGAGGCAUCAACAACAUCCUGGUUCCUCACCAACGACCCUCCGUCUUCCAGCAGCCAAUCAUCUUCCUCGGAGCGGAUGUCACUCAUCCUCCAGCAGGAGAUGGGAAGAAGCCUUCAAUCGCAGCGGUUGUCGGUAGCAUGGACGCGCAUCCCAGCAGGUACUGUGCUACCGUGCGAGUCCAGAGGCCCAGACAGGAGGUCAUACAAGAUUUGGCCUCCAUGGUGCGAGAGCUCUUGAUCCAGUUCUACAAAUCGACCCGCUACAAGCCGACGAGAAUUAUCUUUUACAGGGACGGGGUGUCCGAGGGCCAGUUCAGACAGGUGCUAUAUUAUGAGCUCCUCGCGAUCAGAGAGGCGUGCAUCAGUCUGGAGAAGGAAUACCAGCCAGGAAUUACCUACAUUGUUGUCCAAAAACGACAUCACACACGCCUCUUCUGUGCAGAUCGCAAUGAGCGGGUCGGAAGAAGCGGAAACAUUCCCGCAGGCACGACAGUGGACACGGACAUCACCCACCCUCACGAGUUUGACUUUUACCUCUGCAGUCACGCUGGAAUCCAGGGCACAAGCAGGCCGUCCCACUACCACGUGCUGUGGGAUGACAACUGUUUCACUGCUGACGAGUUCCAGCUCCUCACUUACCAGCUGUGCCACACGUACGUCCGCUGCACACGCUCCGUCUCCAUCCCGGCGCCCGCCUAUUACGCCCACCUGGUGGCCUUCCGCGCACGCUACCACCUGGUGGACAAAGAACAAGACAGUGCGGAGGGCAGCCACAUCUCAGGGCAGAGUAACGGCAGGGAUCCUCUGGCGCUGGCCAAGGCCGUUCAGAUCCACCACGACACGCUGAGGACCAUGUACUUCGCCUGAACACGGCGUGAUAAAAGCUGCCUGUGCACAAGUGGAAGCCAGCCGACCGUUUGUGUGGCACUUGCCUCCCCUCCGCUGUGUUUCAGGGGUUGAAGAUUCUCCUUUUUUUAAAAGCUCAUUCAGUGUCACUGCUCAGAUUUUUACAGGAGCUCGGUAUGCGUUCGUACGGUGAGGAUGAUUGGGAAACCCAAAGCGCCUCAUUAUGUUCAUUUGAGACCCCUUUUAGGACGAGCAAAGUUCUGGUUUGUCUUGUUGACGGUUUUACAUAUUUUUCGUGUGUUUUACAUGGCAAGCAGCCUUAAUGUGGAGAUGAGUCAGCCAGUCAGUUGGAUGAGUUAUUGAAAGAUGACUUACAGCCAUCCCAUGAUGCCUUACUGUGAAGUGCAUAAGCUUAGACUGUUAUUUAUCUUCUAGAUCAGCUGUUGUGUGACGUGGAGUGCUCACAAAAAGUUUGGGAUCUUUAUGCGCUUUUGGUUCAGCGUGUCAUUUCACCACAAAGAUGAAUGUCCCAACCUUUUUCUGAGACAUGUAUUUUUAUUUCCUUUAACAAAAAUAAAUCCUAUCAACAGUUAUUUACAGAAAUAGGGCAAAAAUGUCUGUCGGGCUUACCUCGGGGUGUCCUUCAGUGCAAUAAGGUUCCGUGAUGAGCAAUUUGUUUUGUCUUCAGGAGAUUUGUUUGGGUAUCGUGUAGCUGGAUGCAAAGAGUAUAUGGCGUGUAAAGGGAUGCUACUGAAGUGCCUGAUGGGAUUAGAGAGUGCAAUGUUUGCGUGGAAAGAAGGUUUGUGAUAAGCAUGUUGGUUUGAAAUGUUCUCUUACCCUCACAGCAGAACCACCACUGUCACCGGAACUCCAUUUUAGUUGCUGCUUGUUCAAGAAUUAUGUAGAAUUUUCUUGCAAAUGCCUAUUUUAGACUAUAUAUUAAUACAGAGGGACUUGAAACAUAUAUAUUCACAGCACUUAAGGGUCAUUUGCCUGCAUUUAAUGCAUCCUUAGUCCAGUCAAUAGUUGCCCAUUUCACCUCAAUGGACUGCCCUGGUGACAUGUGACCGCUCAUUGAGUUUACUUGAAGAACAGUCAAAAAUAAAAAGCCUUGAACUCUUCCAAGAGUUUGGGCUUAACUGGACAUCCGCAUUUGUCCUCUCACAAGUCGAAAGAUUGAGGCAUAUUUAUAUUUUAGCAUAUUCCUGUAAGAGACCUGCGAAGUGUCAUCUGUAGUGAAACAGCUUAAUACUCUGGUCGAAGGUUCGGUUUGUCCUCUGUGCCUUUUUGUGAUGGUGCUGAAGAGAAAAAAAAAGCAGAAAUUCAAAGAAUUAUCGUCUUCAUUUACUAAAUUAUGACAAUACUGUAAGGUGUUUUUGUACUUUGUGAUUGUGUGCCUCUUCCAUAUGCCAAGAACAAAAAAAUAUAUACAGUAUAUAUGCAGAAUUGAUCUGUUUUGGAGCUGACAGGACCAAAUGACGUGACGGGGAAGUGAUCAGGGGAUGGGCAAUGUCAAUCACAAUUUACACAAAAGUUAGUUAAACACAAACCUCAUGUCGUGUGUUUAUUAGAUGUUAUUCUAUAUCUCCAUCAGUUUACUGCCUGAUUGUUGUGCACAUUGUUUGGAAAGCAAUAAUAAAGUCCCUGUCAAGUAUCUCUGAA